AUGCUCGCCUCCCGCGCCCUCGCCCGGGUGCGCCCAUCCGUCCUCCGCCUCCGCACCCCACCACGCACCACCACCACACCCCUCCGCAACACCUCAACGUCCUCAACCUCCCGCGCCGCCGAACGCCUGCUCGACCGCGUCCCCUCGCGCUUCCAGCGCUACACCACCGGCCUCCGCAAAGCGCCCCUCUCGCACAUCGUCGCUUUCCUCAUCCUCCACGAGAUCACCGCCAUCGUCCCGCUGCUCGGCCUCUUCGGCCUCUUCCACUACACGGACACCCUCCCGCUGGAGUACGUCACGGGGCACUGGGCCGACUACGUGCGUGACGGCGUCGGCAAGGCGGAGCGCUACUUCAGCCGCAAGGGCUGGUUCGGGUUCGGGGCGGAGGACCGCGGCACGAUGACGGGGGAGCUGGACGCAAGCGCGGGGCGGCUCGAGACGCGCGAGGUGGAGAAGAGGUGGGCGAAGGAGGAGGGGGCGGUCACGGGGAGCUUUGAGUACAGGACGACGCGGCCGACGGAGGAGAGUGCGAGGAGCACGCAGGAUGUUCUGCAGAGGUGGAAGGAGGAUGGGAAGUACAAGGUCGUGGUGGAGGUUGCGAUUGCGUGGGGUAUCACGAAGGCGCUUCUGCCGGCGAGGAUACUGAUUAGUGUUUGGGCGACACCGUGGUUUGCUGGUGUGAUGGGCAGGGCGAGAGGUUUGUUUAGGUCCAGCAAAUAG